GAGCAAUCGCGGACCGCUUGCCUCUCAACAAGCUCCAGGGCUGGCAGGCCGAUGCCUUUCAGCAGUACUUUCAAGUUACAGAUGAUGAUAUCUGUAAGCAUUUCCAGUGUCUUGUGCACCGGGAACCACAUCAGCGACCCUGCUUCUUUACAAAUUCAUGGUUCUUCCAGCUCGCCAAAUACUUCUAUGAAACUUUGAAUGCUAGAGCUGCACGCCGUGGUAUGGCCCACUGGUACAGCGCUGCUGCCCUCCACGGAUCAACGAGUAUGCAUUUCACAGGGACAGCGCCUUAUAGCCUGGCCUGGCAGGUCUCUUGCCUUCCGAAGAACGCCGUGGUGCGAGGCGUCCUCUUGAAGGGCAUGGCCACGCUUGUGCAGCAACAGGUGGCAAGAAUGCGUCGUCGCCAGCUCCUCUACAAUAGCAAGGGCAUCCGGAUCGAUGGAAAUUUCAAAAUUGCUAAACGGUUGCUGCUGGAUGACUCCGAAGACCCUUGCACGGUGUUGCUGGGGCUAUGUGGGACCGAUGGGUCGCUCCUGGAUCUGCUGUCUCCUUUGAAAGGUGAAUGGUGGGAGCCUAUCAGCAGCGUGCUCAAGCCUUUGCUGCAAGAUAUCCGAGCCACCUUCCUGCAACAAGGAUACACCGCUCAGGAAGCUCGCCCCGU